CGGAGAACAGGCUCAUGUUCGCCUGCCGCACCUGCUCGUUCGUCGAAGAGGCCCCAUCGUCCUGCGUCAUGCGCCACGAGAUCGCGUCCACGGUCGGAGCCACUGCUGGAGUCACGGCCGAGGUUGCGCAGGAUCCUACGGUUGGUCUCUCCCACUCCGUUUCGCAAGCCUCGCUUUCUCCGAAUGAGGAUCUUCCCUGUUGCACCAUGUGUGGGAUGGAUAUUAUGUGUGUGGAGUGCGGUGAAGACUGGGCUCCUGGGUUUGUCCUGGAAGCCGAGGACGAGGAACCACAGACAAAUCAUCAGGAGGAAUACGAAGAAUACGAUGACGACGACAUGGAGGAUUUCUCGUCAUGAGCACACGUGCAUCUUGUUCUGUUGCUUGCCUGCUCCUUUCUGAGCCUGCUGGCUAACUGUACUUUUUGCUUGUAGUUGCCGCGCGUCCAGAAGCAGUGCAUGAAGUGCGGCGAGAACGAGGCUGUCUUCUUCCAGUCUCAGCAGCGAACCGCCGACACGGGCAUGAAACUGUACUACGUGUGCUGCGGAUGCGGUGUCGUCUCGCAGCCAGGUGACAAAGACGUUGAUGAAUGAACGAACGAACGACAAGUGCACGACAUGGCAUAGAAUAGGCGUUUGAUCUCUUGAUAUUUACGGCACGGAGUCCUGGAAACGAGUCUUCUGAUACCCGUGGGUACUGAAAAUGGCAUACAUCUGUUUUACAUCAUCCCAGCGCUCCAUAGACUCCUGAAAAUGCACUUCUUCCCUCAUAUC